CUAACAGUAAGUACUAUAGUGUGGAACUUCAAGAAAGAGGAAUGACAUGGAUCUUUACCACGGAAAGCUGAAUGAUUAUUGGUCAAAUGAUGUCUUAUUUCCAGGGUGUUCAGCAGUGUAUUUUUGUGGCUUGGCACACAGGGAUAUUUGUUUGUGUUGUUGACAUGUAGGCUAGUCUAACUAAAGGGAGUGAGGGGCUAAGCUGUGGGAAUGAAAACUGUAGCAACUGUGACCUCAUGACAAUUGACAACAGAGCAGUGAAAUAUGAGUGGGGGUUACGACGUGGACCUGUUUGUGGACGGUCCAGACUAUGACCUGCUCUGCACAAUCUGUAGAGCUGUCCUGAGGUGUCCUGUCAGAGUGGCCUGGAACCAUGUCUUCUGCAAGACCUGCAUCCUACAGUGGCUCAGGAGACAGGAGACUUGUCCCUGCUGUAGGAACACUAUCAGUCCCAGCUUUAUGUUCGUCAUGUACAAAUUGAGUAAAACUAUCAGCCGCCUCAGGAUUAAGUGUAACAAUGAGGGAUGCUCGGCCACUUUCCCUCUGUCUGAGGAGUUCCUCCAUAGUUCCUCCUGCCAGUUCCAGAGGGUUCCAUGCCCCCACCAGGGCUGUGGUUCCUUGGUGCCCCGCUCAGCCCUGGAGGUCCACUCACAGCACUGCCAGCACUGGAGCCAGCUCUGCCCCAUGGGCUGUGGUACUCUGCUCACACAGGCCACCCAGCCCCAACACAACUGCUUCAGGCAGCUGAGGCAGCAUGUGGAGGCCCAGAGGCAGAGCCACAGAGCCAUCGCUAGCGCCCUCCGGAGAAAGAUGGGGAGAAUGCAGACGGCCAUGACACACGUCAGGAGGCAGGUGGCGCUCAUCUGUGAGAGCCUAGAGGUCAUGGGAGAGGGGGAGGGAGAAGGGGAGGAGGGUGGAGAGGUGUAUGAGGGAUAUGGAGAGGGGGAGACUACAGGGGAGAGUAACACAAGCAGCAGUAGCAGCAGCUCUUGAGAUGGGUACAGGUUUUUAUUUUUUUAUUUUUUACAAAUUAUUAAUUAAGUUUUAUGUGACAUAAUGGUUUUUAUAUAAAAUCUGUUAAUGCAGAAAUGUGAAAAUGAAAGAGGUUUUGGAUUUUAAUGAAUUUAACGAAACUGUUAAUUUCAUUUUGGUGUAUUUUGUAAAGACUGCAAAUGUAUUCUUCUGGAUUGUUUUCUUUUCAGAAUGUUUUUAUUAGGUUGAUUAUUGUAUUUCGGCAAAACCAAAACUCAAAUGAUUAAAAACAUGACAAAAACA